UUACUGCGCCACUUUAAGUGAAAUGGGACGCCUUGAAACCUCCAUGUUUGUAUCUUGAAAUUGCGAGCGGAGUUGAGCACCAUAUUGAAUCAAAGUUGCCAACUCCUUGACAAAUGUUUUAUAACUUUACGGACGUCAAACUUUAGCGCGUAUCCGAGCUGGACGACACCACCCGUGCGCGUAAUGGGCGCGCUGUAGGCAACUUUGUUGCGUCUCAGCUUUUUAGUUUUUCCCUGCAUGUUACGUUGGGUUAAUGCAGCAGCACCGAGUCGGAGAACAAACUCUAACUUUAAAGUGUGAGGUCAGCACUCUGGACCAGACCUGGAUGUGAUGGACAAUCCGUCCUCAGUAAUUACCCAAGUCAGCCGGGAUGAAGAGGGGAAUAAAGCUUCAGGAGAGAGGGGUUCUUCGCCCUCUCUGUCCUCUAAGAAGCCCAGGAGCGGAGGUCUCUUCUCCAGCCUUUUCUGCUGCCUUUGUCGGGACCAGCCUGAGCAGCCGCCAGUCAACAACAAUGCCCCGCUGCUGGUUGAAGAGAACGGAACGGUCUCCAAAAUCCAGGUGAAACCACUGCUGCCUCCAGCGAAGUCAAAAGACUCUGGAAAGAUCUGUGUGGUUAUAGAUCUGGAUGAGACAUUAGUUCACAGUUCUUUUAAGCCUGUGAACAAUGCAGAUUUCAUCAUUCCUGUGGAAAUAGAUGGAACAGUACACCAGGUGUAUGUCCUGAAGCGGCCUCACGUCGACGAGUUCCUGAAGAGGAUGGGAGAACUGUUUGAGUGUGUUCUGUUCACUGCCAGUUUAGCCAAGUAUGCAGACCCCGUCUCUGAUCUCCUUGACAAGUGGGGGGCUUUCCGCUGUCGCCUCUUCCGGGAGUCCUGCGUGUUCCACCGAGGAAAUUACGUCAAGGACCUGAGUCGCCUGGGUCGUGACCUUAACAAGGUCAUCAUCGUGGACAACUCCCCAGCCUCCUACAUCUUCCAUCCUGACAACGCAGUGCCUGUAGCCUCGUGGUUCGACGACAUGUCCGACACUGAGCUGCUGGACCUCAUCCCAUUCUUUGAGAGGCUGAGCAAAGUGGAUAACGUCUACACAGUCCUCAAGCACCAAGGGACCGCAAGCUAACAGUGUUCGACUUUUCAUCUCACUUCUGAACAAAACGGCGUACAAAACAGAAAAAUACACACAAACGCACACCAGCGAGGCUCCAGUUCCAGCUCCAGCUUUCACUGCCCACAGGAACACAGACUGCUUCACAGCUGACAGAGCCGUCAGCUCCACAGUAUCAAAACAAGAUCACAUUUUAGGAGUCUUUACGGCCUCAUCACUGCCACCUCCUGGUCAACCAGAAAACUGCCUGAAAAUUGCCAUGUAACUUUCCCUCCCUUAUCAGCCUACCAUGAACCAGUUGAUGUAAAUGAACGAGUGAAAGAACGGAUGUUUCUGCGGUGUCACUGAACUUGCAGCGGAGGUCUGUAGUCAUGAAUCCUCUGAACACAAACUGGGUACUGGACAUAUUCUGUCAUGGAUUGAACUGUCUGAUCCUGCAAAACCCAAUGCAAGAUUUGGUAAGCAGGAUUCAAGUGGUAAGGAAAUUUUUGGAAAGGUUUACGUGCAAAUAAACUCAUUGAAGAGCGGUGGGUCUAUACGUACUGUAGAUGCCUUUUUAGACAUUUUUGGAAUAGCAUUAUGUUCGUCACACACCCUCGUUUUGCCGAUUAUCACACUAUUUGUCUGCGUGACAUGAGCGUGUGAUCAUCUGGAGUCAUUUUAGAAAUUUUAGAGCGAUGCGAUCACCUUCUGGAUAAUCAUGACAGUGUUACAGAUAGUCUGAUAAAGGAAAAAAACUCUUUCUUGUUCAGUCCCUGAGUUGUUUGAUUAAUAGUGAAACAGUAUGAUUGGACAGCACUUUACAUUAAUCUAUUGUACAGUCCACCCUUUCACUGCAGCUUAGAAAUUGAUUUUAGAACAAUUUGUCUACUAAAACCAGUAUGAAUUGCAUAAUAAAUACCAUUCAAUAUUCUGGGUUUUAAAAUCCACUCAUUUGUAGGUGUUUAGGGAGAAAAUGAAUUGAGUUCUCUUUCAGCAGGAAACAAAACAGCUUUUUCAUCAAUGAGAACAUAAAAUCAAUAUGAAAGUCAGUGUUAAUCAGUCAAAUCCCUUUUAAAAGAAAAUUUGAUUUCUAAUGGUAGACAUACCAAAAAUGAUGAGCUCUCAGCAAAGUGUCCCUGACACAAGUGACUGCAGUAUUUCCAUUAAAAUCUGACACUACGAAUACCGAUCAUCUGCACAUGACCGUGAAAGAGCAGCUGCUAUGCUUAGUGGAUGUGGAUUUCCAAAGGUGGUGUAAAUACCUGAUGGACAGCCAGAAUGCAAUAUACGUGUGUGUCAACAGAUGAAAUGAACAGUUGAUGCCAGAGGCGAGAGGACCAGAAUUGACUUCUAAAACCGCCUGGGGAAUUGGUCAGUGUUAUGUUAAUGUUGCAUUAAAACUUCUGUUUCCUUGUUUUAAAGCCACAGGCAAAAACUUGAAUUUCUCACAGAAUUUACAGACUGCACAUGAAUGGCCAAUGAAAGUUGUAUGGUGCAAAAAAAGAAAAGAAAAAGUGACCGUUCAGUUCUCAUAAGCUUCAAAGUACACUCUUUUCUUUUUGCUCUGAAGCGGUACACAUAGGCUGGAAACAAUUUCAGGAUUUUGUAAUAAAAGUGGGACUCAAGGACUUAAGGAUAUGUGAGGUGUGGUGCCUGGUGCGCACCUUUUUAAGAAACACAAAGUGGUUGAAUUCAGUCCAGAUUUAAAGGAGAAAUCCACCCUGAAACACUUUCUCACACUCAAUAAACAGCAAUUGUUGGUGUAUCUUUCAUUUCUGGGUCAUUUUUAUUAUUUGGUCGUCUGGCAUGAUGUGACUGUAUGUUACAAUAAUGCCAGUGCAGCUAGAAUGGAGUUGAAUAGAUAUUAAACAUUAAUGGCAAAUGUCAAGUUCCUUGUAGUAGAAAAUAGGUCAGAAUGCAGUGCAGCAACAAGACUUUCUAUGUAGUUUGGAUUGCAAUUACUAUUCAUGCUUCCAAAGCUGGGCAAUGUAGGAAACCACUAACAGAUGUAUAAGUUUAUCACAAAAUGAUGAACAACUGUCCAACAAACAAGGUGAUUUCAGGGUGGAAUUUUCUUUUGAUUAAAACAGAGACCAGAUGGGUGUUGCACAUGGAGUGUGUAUUUUGUUUUUUGUCGCUCUACAGUAUGUAGUGAUGUUAGUUGCCUAGUUUCUGGAGCAACUCGAACCUCUUUUGUCCAGUUAAGGAGAAGUGGGGCCUCUAGAGGGCCUUUCAGACUCUUAUUAUCUCCUUCAUAUGCGUUGACAAUACCAUAUGUUGACACAGAUGAAUGAAACGGUGGAUUUGACUAAAAGCCUCGAUAAUAGGCUUGUUGAAGAGACUUCACCAAGAUGGAGCAGGGGUGAAUUAAAUCCACAAUAUUAAGAGCUUUUAGCUACAUUAUUUGUUUAUGUUUAACAAAUUAUUGUCAAUCAAAUUAGCCUGUUCCUUUUCUAAAUAAUUACUGAUUUUAUUUCUUUUUUUGCCCAGUAGUGGUCCUCUGAUACAAUAUUUAUUACAGUUUGUUUUCCACAAGGGAAAACAUUGUUCUUGCUGUUUUCAUGUAAGACUUGGUUGGUUACCUCAUAUUAAUAGGUAAUAUAUGGAUCAGAAACACCAGCAAAUGACUUAAAGGAUAGUAACUUACUGUUGUAGGCACAUAACAGGGUAAAUGUUUCAAAUGUAUGUUUCAUGUAAGCCAUUGUCAUGUGAUCUUUCCAUUAGAUUUAAUGCUGAUACCUGGAAUUCAUUGGCAAAGAGGAGUAUUUAUAGGAACGUUCAGUCAUUUGCUCUCAUAUAAAAUAAGUGUUGUGUCACUACAGGGCCCAUUCGCUGAUACUGUACUUCUUACACAUUCAGUAGAUUUGUAUAUUUUGUUUUGCACAAUAAUAAAGCAAACAAAUUUCAUUAAUAUAUGGAAUAUUCAUGUUACUGUACUCAUGAUUGCAUAGAUGUAACCUAAUUUUUGACUGUUGUUUUUAUGAUACCAAAUUAUAUAUGGACUGUAUGUAAUAAUGCCAUUUCCCCCCCAUAAAUGCUAAAUGAAAGAUGG